AUGUUCUCCCGGGACCAGGAGGACCUGCAAAAAAGGUUGACUAACUUCUCAGAACUUGGCAAUGGCGACAAGCCACGCAUCUUCAAGGUCAAACUAAAACUACACGGCCAGUUUCCGAGGCGUAAAAUGGAGCCCGACGGCGAUCGCGAUGGCGCGAGAGAGCAAAUUACUGCGAACAGCAUACACGUGCCUAAGUUUGCUUCUUCAGGGACCCUCUUUGGGUUCUUUUUUUUGGUAUGUAUUCGGCAGCUUCGUGGUGGCGUGGGUAGUCCACGGCGACCAGUCCCAAGGUCCUUCUUGGAAAAGCAGGUCCCAAGCGAUAACAAGCUAGCAAGGCCGAUCAAAAGGACCAAAAAAAAAAAACUGGAGAUUGGCAAUCCCCAUCUGGGAAUAGCGUCGGGAUAG